GCUCGGCCCGGCCCAUGGCGACAGCGACCGGCGGCCUGGCGGCGCGGUGCCUGCGGGGAGCACGGCGCCUCCUCCCCGCGGGCGUCCGGCGGGAGAGCCGGGAGCUGGCCCCGCUGGCGGGGCCGGUGUUUAUAGCCCAGCUGCUGGGGUUCCUGAUCAACGUGGUCAGCUCCAUAUUCUGCGGCCAUCUGGGAAAAGCCGAGCUGGAUGCCGUGACGCUGGCUGUGUCUGUCAUCAAUGUGACAGGCAUCUCCAUUGGUUCUGGCUUAGCCUCAGCAUGUGACACACUGAUGUCCCAGACGUAUGGCGGCAAGAACCUGAAGCAGGUGGGCACCAUCCUGCAGCGAGGGAUCCUCAUCCUGCUCCUGUUCUGCUUCCCUUGCUGGGCACUCUUCAUCAACACCGAGCGGCUCCUCCUGCUCAUCCAGCAGGACCCCGAGGUCUCCAGGUUAACUCAGGUCUACGUGAUGAUCUUUAUUCCAGCUCUUCCCGCGGCGUUCCUUUACCAGCUGCAGACAAGAUAUUUACUAAGUCAGGCGAUCAUUUUACCUCAGGUGGUGACAGGAGUUGCAGCCAACAUCCUCAAUGUGGCCAUGAACGCCUUCUUCCUAUAUGCACUGAAGCUGGGCAUGGUGGGCUCGGCCUGGGCCAACACUGUUUCUCAGUACACCCAGGCCAUUCUCCUCUUCCUUUAUGUGCGGUGGAAGAAGAUCCACGUGGAGACCUGGGGAGGUUGGACCAGGGACUGCCUCCUGGAUUGGGGCUCCUUCAUCCAGCUGGCAGUGCCCAGCAUGCUCAUGAUGUGCAUUGAGUGGUGGACCUUUGAGAUCGGGAGCUUCUUGGCAGGACUGCUCAGUGUGGUGGAGCUGGGUGCGCAGUCGGUCAUCUACGAGCUCUCCUCUGCAGCUUACAUGGUGCCUCUGGGCUUCAGCGUGGCUGCGAGUGUCAGAGUGGGCAAUGCCUUGGGAUCAGGGGAUGUAAUGCAAGCCAAGACCUCCUGCAUCACUGCCCUGCUGUGCACAGAAGUUUUUGCUGUGGUGGUUGCAACAUUACUGGGAACCCUAAAGGACGUGGUGGGCUACAUCUUUACCAAUGACAAGGAGAUCGUUACCUUGGUGUCCAAAGUGAUGAUCAUCUUUGCUCCGUUCCACUUGUUUGAUGCAGCAGCAGCGACCUGCGGCGGUGUGCUGAGAGGCACGGGGAAGCAGAAGCUGGGUGCCAUCGCCAAUGCUGUCGGCUAUUACGCCAUCGGCCUGCCCAUCGGCAUCUCGCUGAUGUUUGCAGCUAAGAUGGGGGUGUUAGGUCUUUGGGUGGGAAUGAUCGUUUGCAUCUCCUUGCAAUCCCUGUCCUUCUCAGUUUUUGUCAUGCGCAUGGAUUGGAAGAAAGCUGCAGAAGAGGCUCAGAUCCGAGCUGGAGUGAAAAAACAGCUAGAAAAUGUGAGCUCCAACGGCACAGCUGCUAACAAAACAUCUGCUGUGGAUUACAUCUCUGUGGACACAGACACCGUAGACACCAUGGUACUGCCUGACACCAUGGUGGGAGGCGAGAGGCACCCCGACCACGAGCUCAUCACGCAAGAGGAACCUGUGGCCAUCCCUGCUCCUCCUCCUCCUGUGGCGUGGAGGGCCCUGAUCAUCCGCCGGGUGCUGGCUGCUGCUGCUGCCCUCGCUGUGCUGCUGGCGGGCGUGCUGGUCCGGCUCCUGACCACUAAGAGCUAGAGGCAGCACCAGUGUGCCACUGGGAAACUGGCUGCAUGUGCAGGAGGGCAGGUGGUAAUGUCCCAGGGGGACGGUGAGGGAAGGGAUUCCCCCUCAGCACCUGGUUAGAGACACUUGGCUCCAUUGCUGGUUAACUGACAAUGUCUUAUGCUGCGUUGGUAGCUCUUAAAGGAGGGGAGUGUGCAGUACCUGGGCUGGAUGUGCGUAAAAGCUUCUCCAGCACUGCCUGGGGGAUGUCACCUGGGGGAGGCUGGAGCCUGCCUUGGGGCUGGCCAGGGAUGGAGACAGGGACCUUGUGCUGCUGUCCUGCUUCCUCCUGGGAGCAUUUGUCCACAGCAUUUGCUAAUGGCAGAGGCUCGUGUUGCCUGCACAGCACCCUUCUUCACACACCAACGUGUGCCCGCAUCUCGCUGCGUCAGAGCCCACUUUUCUGUUGCUGCAGCAGUGCUGUGCAAGGCCAAGUGUGUUGGAAAAGGACUGACAACUCUGCGAGCUCUCUGACCCUGUUCUACCUGGUGUGUGACAGGCACAGGGCCUAAAUCAGCUCUUCUUUGCACUUUUGUAAUGAGGGCUUUUGAUACAAUAAAGUUUUCUGAAUAAACAU